AUGAACAGUAGUCUCGACCAGGGUCAUCAGGUCCUGGCGCUGUUCAUAGACUAUAAAAAAGCCUUCGAUACCUUGGAUAAUGAGGUGCUGUUGCAGGCCAUGGAUGAGUGUGGAAUCAAGGGCCCCACAAACAGGUGGUUCCGGAGUUAUCUGAGUGGCAGAACCUUACAGACCUACAUCUCUGGUGUUGCUGGUAAAGAAGUGGUGGUACAGCUUGGUGUUCCGACUGGUUCAGUCUAUGGUCCGGUUGGCUUCGUUAUGCAUGUCAAUAGCGUCAUUAAUGUGGUGAAGAAAUGUCGGGUGUAUAUGUACGCGGACGACAUGUGCCUUAUGUACUCCUCUAAGAAUAUAAAAGAGAUCAGGGCUGUGCGACAGGCUGACUUCGAUAGUAUUAUCCGGUGGGCUCACGAUAAUGGUAUUAUACUCAACCUUAAUAAGACGAAAGUGAUGCAUCUGUAUUCACCGCACAACUUAGUGGCAAAAAAUGUCAAGAGCGUGGAUAUAGGUAUCGUGGGUCACACGUAUGAGUGUAUGCACGUCAAAAAUGUAAAUUGUGUUUGUCAAAAGCUAGAAUAUGUCAGCAAAUUUAAGUAUCUGGGUCUGUGGGUGGACCGCAACAUGAAUUGGAAAACACAGGUUGACACAGUGUGUACAAAGCUUGUGGGCAAGGGCAGUGUUGAAUAA